AUGCAAAACCAACUUAUCUUUUUGAUAAGUGUAUUAAUAUCUGCGGUUGCAGUUAUGGCGGAUAUGGAAUUUACAGCGCCUAAGGCAGGCAAGGCGUUUACUGCUAGUGGUGGAAAAGUGUCAGUGGAUAUCAAAUGGGAUGAUGAUGGCUCAGACUUGAACUUUAAAGAUAUUGAGAAAUAUACGGUGUCCCUUUGUACGGGUCCUAACAAUGAUAUCGAAUGUACCGAACUCGAGGAAGUUAAGGGACUGACGAAAAAGUCAUACACCGCUUCUAUUGAUGCAUCAGCUUUUCCAAAUGGAUGGUACUACUUUCAAAUGUAUAACACAUAUGAUCUGGGUAUUUCUAUCUUAUAUACAGACAGAUUCCAGUUGAAGGGUAUGGAUGGUGGAUCCAAGACCUUUGGAUCUACAAUGCUUUUAACCGUGUCUCUUACAGCUACUGGUGAAGCACCAGGUGGUGCCACUCAAGGUGAUGAUAAGCCUAUUGAUACUCGUUCGCAUACCGUCCCAUAUACUAAACAAACCGGUAAGACUAGGUAUGCGCCAAUGCAAACGCAACCAGGAAAAAGUAUUACCUACACAUCUAUGUCAAGAAGAUUCGCAACGAGUUCCUACUCUGCUUAUUCUACUUACAAGAAGUCACCUAAUGUGAUGACUACUCUUACUCCUAGUUGGGAUUACACUGCAGCCUCAAAACCUAAUGGUGCCACCGUAGCUCCUUAUCCUAACACCGCCUAUCCUGCCAGUGAAAGAAUUACUGCGUCAGCCUCUUUAACAUCAGCCGCCAAAAAGAGAAGAUGGCUCGAUUGA